GCGAUAAGAUUAUCAAUCAUUUACACUGAUCACAUGAGAUCAGCUUGUUGCAGGCUAUGUGGAGCCUGGUCGAAGUCAUCGGUGCCCCUGGAGCUUCUUUCAGCGAUGGGAAGCCUCUAGAUGUCGUCCGAGGGGGCGAUGAAGGAUCAUAUCGCCUGAUUAUCAAUGAUCAUGGAUUUUUAGACUUGACAGAGGCUGGUGAUGGGAACGCGAUUUAUGCUAAUAGUUCUAUACUGAUACACAAUAACUUACCCAGUACGAGUGUGUGCCUGUAUCUCCACGUAAAUGACGGUGGUGUCUUUGAAUUAAUGGCAUUUGCUUCCCACAUAGCAGAGCGGUCCUCUCCGCCAUCCACCGUCCAGGGGAGACUCAAGCCGCUACCCAACGUUUCGGCAGAGGACGCCGCAUUCAUCGAUCGAAUGAUGGACGGGAGGUAUAUCCCAUACCAAAACAUUCCCGAAUCCCCAGGAAAGACAGUUGGCAAGAUCAAGAGGCUGGGGUUGCAGUAUUUCGCCUUUACACCAUACAGCUUCCAGCUCGCAAUGUGCGUUUACGACUGGACAACGGCGUCUUUUGCUCGCCUUGUGCUACUCAAGAUAUUUGAGUACACGGGCAUUCAUCCUCCGCCAUUCCCCAUCGACCGGAAUAGCCUCGCCUCGCAAAUCUGGACUAGUGAUUGGGAAUCCUACGGACCUAAUGACCCAGACUACAUGAGGUCCUUCAUGAUGAAGCCGGCGGGUUCACUAGAUGACGUCAAGGCGCAACUCGACAGGAUUAUUAAAGACCUUCAUUCCCUUAGCGAUGUAGAAAACCGUCUGUUGGCUGCGGCGAUACAAUCGUUGCCCCGUACCUCUGUCAUCCAGCAUCCACAGCUCUUUAGCGGACAAGUAGACAUGUCGCAAUUGGGCCUUGAAUACUUCGGUAUCGAGUUCCUGGAGUGCCCGCUGAACCGAGGCCCAGUGGAUGCGGAGCUCGUGAUUGAUUUCGCAGACGCUCUGAGAACCUAUGUUGCUCAGGGGAAGAUCAUCACGACCAAGAUGGUAUGGAGCUUCACGGACAAGGUCGAGGAUGCCAUGCACUAUUCAAACGGUAUUGUCCUAGUUGCGAAUCCUCCAGAAAACUCGGUCAUAUGGGAUAAUGCUGCGUACAUAACGCCUCUCUCUGAUGACCCGGAGAAGACAGAAUACACUUUCAUGGCCGGGACAAAGUUCGAGGUGCAGUCGGUCGACAAUAUUACAGUCGGUGGUAGUCCAAUCUGCGUGAUCAACUUGCAACCGGUGUCGGAGCCCAACACACCAACAUUAGCCAUAUCCAAGAAGAUGAUCCAGCCGAGAAAACUUGGGGGAAGCCAGUUACUAGACAUCUCCAAGUCUUAUGUUCAUAAUAAUCACUUGCCACAUAGCUUACACAAGACAGCAGGAAGAAGAUGCACCUGUGUCGCUGACCAAGAAUGGGUGAUAGUUUAG